GUUUCCUGCUGGCCGCUUAUUGGUCGAGCCCUGCUCGAACGAAAAACGUUUUGUAACUUCUACAUUUUGCUUACAGAAGAUUGUUGUUUAUGUCUUCCUUCACGUUGCAUGUAAAGUAUGGCACAUAUUUCUCUACACUGGUUUCGCAAGGGACUCAGACUUCACGACAACCCGGCUUUAACUGCAGCUCUGCGCGACUGCAAGGAGAUCUAUCCUGUGUUCGUACUGGAGCCCGGUACCCCUAGCAGGGUCCCGAUAAGCGACAAUCGCUGGCGAUUCCUCCUCGGCGCCCUGAGAGACCUGGACAGCAGCCUGAGGAAGCUCAACUCCAGGCUAUAUGUUGUCAGAGGUGAAGCUGAAAAAGUUCUUCCUAAGCUGUUUGAGGAGUGGAAAGUGACGCGGUUGACUUACGAAUACGACACCGACCCUCACAGCCUCAGUCGAGAUGGGAAGGUGACCGAGGUGGCUGCAGAGCAUGGAGUACACGUCGUUUACAAAAUCUCCCACACUCUCUACAACACAGACAGAAUAAUUGAAGAAAAUAACGGGAAGGUUCCGCUGACCUUCAACCGCUUGCAGACUGUUGUGAAGAGCAUCGGACCCCCCCAGAGACCGGUCGCUGCCCCCAAGGCGGAGGACAUGAGAGGUAUGAAGACGCCUUGGUCAGAGAAAUGUGACCAGGUAUAUGGGAUCCCCACUCUAGAGGAGCUGGGCGUAGAGCUGGACUCUGGAGGCGAGGAGCUGUUCCCAGGAGGAGAAACAGAGGCUCUACGCAGACUGGAUCAUCACAUGGAGAGAACGGGCUGGGUGUGUGGCUUUGAGAAGCCCCAGACCUCCCCCAACUCCAUGAGCCCCAGCACCACCACCCUCAGCCCCUACGUCAGCCUCGGGUGCCUGUCCGUACGCACCUUCUGGUGGAGGCUGACGGACAUCUAUAAGGGGAGGAAGCACUCCCAGCCUCCAGUCUCGCUCCACGGUCAGCUGUUGUGGAGAGAGUUCUACUACACGGCCGGGACUGGAGUCCCCAACUUCUCCAGGAUGGAGGGCAACACUGUGUGCACCCAGGUGGACUGGGACAGCAACCCGGAGUAUCUGGCCGCCUGGACGGAGGCUCGCACGGGCUUCCCCUUCAUCGACGCCAUCAUGACCCAGCUGAGGAAGGAGGGGUGGAUCCACCACCUGGCCCGCCACGCGGUCGCCUGCUUCCUCACCAGAGGAGACCUGUGGAUCAGCUGGGAGGAGGGGAUGAGGGUGUUUGAGGAGCUGCUGCUGGAUGGAGACUGGGCUCUGAACGGGGGGAACUGGCUGUGGCUGUCGGCCAGCGCCUUCUUCCAUCAGUACUACAGGGUGUACUCACCUGUCGCCUUCGGCAAGAAAACAGACAAAAACGGGGACUACAUUAAGAAGUACCUCCCCCUACUGAAGAAGUUCCCGGCCCAGUACAUCUACGAGCCUUGGAAAGCUCCUCGGAGUGUCCAGCAGCAGGCAGGGUGCAUUGUGGGAAAGGAUUACCCACUGCCAAUCGUGGAACAUGAGGUCAUCAGCAAACUGAACAUUCAAAGGAUGAAGGCUGCCUAUGCCAAGAGAUCUCCAGACCCUGGCCAGACCAAUCAGAGAUCUACAGAUCCUGGCCAGACCAAUGGCAGGAAGUCAGGUGGAAAGCGGAAGGUGUCCUCUGUGUUGGAUAUGCUGACCAAGAAGAAGCGUUUGUAAGAUGAAUACUGUUUUUUGUAUCUGUGUUUACCUGUCUGUACGAUACACAUCCUAUUCCAUGUACCCUAUCUGCUGCUUGUCUAUGUCAUUGCAUUGUAGAACAAGGUGGUGGAUUUCUACAUGCAUGUGUUCUUCACACAAAAAUAAACAGUAUGCGUCCUUUAUUAUA